UGCUCAAGAAAGGCUUCUCGAGGGAAUGAAGGGAUGUUAGAACGAAGCCUUCUCAGCGUUCCAGGUCUUCUGAAGCUAUGGGCACCCGAUACCUCCUGGUUCUGGUUCUUGUCCUCCUAGUCUUGGGAUGUGAGGUCAGGGGGACCCACAUGCCCCAGCAAGAUGAAGCCGCCAGCCCUGCCCUGCUCGCUCAGUUACAAGAAUCACUCUAUAGCUACUGGGGGACAGCCAGAUCGGCCGCCCAGGAGCUGUACGAGAAGACAUACCUGACCACCAUGGAUGAGAAAAUCAGGGACCUAUACACCAAAAGCACAGCAGCUAUGAGCACUUACGCAGGGAUUUUCAGUGACCAGUUACUUUCUAUGCUGAAGGGAGACCAGUAGCAGCUGGGGCCCCGACCAGGGGGGAAGGGAGAGUCCAGACCCCACAACCCCUUGGCUCCUCUGCCCUGCCCCCCACUUCUCAGCAGCUGUCAGCAUCCUGCUCCCAACACUAGUCUGUCUUCUUACAAAUAAAUUAAUGUACAAAGCCA